AAAUAAAAAACAAAAAACCCUCCCGCAUCUGACCCAUCCCAUUCCCCGUUCCAAACCCUAGCGGCGAGCCAUGGCUCCCCGCAAGCGCCGCGCGCCGUCGCCUCCGCCGCCGCCGGAUGAGGAGGAGUCCUCCGAGGAAUCAGGCUCCGAGGAGUUGGAGCCUCCGAGCCCUCCCGCGCGGCGGAUUCCCUCUCCCGCUGGCCCGGCCGCGGACUUGUCCGAGGGCUCCGAUUCCGACUCCGACACCGACGCGCAGGCCUUCCAGCUGCUCCAGGUGCACCGCUCCCCCACCAAGCUGCCGCCGCACCGGGUUCCCAAGCCCGAAUCCGACGCUGACGGCGACGACGAGGAGGUCGAGGCGUCGGAGUCGGAGCCUGAGAAUCCGGAGCCAGUGGUUCAGAAGGCGGCGGUGGCGGCGGCCGGGAAGUCCAAGGCGGAGCAGGAGAGGAAGAGGCCCGAGGCGGAUCCUGCUCCGUCCGGCAAGGCGAAGAAGGCCAAGGCCGGGACUGAGAAGGCUGCUGCUGCUGCAGCAGCUGAGGCCACCGCGCCUGGCAAGGCGAAGAAGAAGGCCAAGGCCCAGCCGGAUAAGGCCGCGCCUGAGGCCACUCCAGCCGGCAAGGCGAAGAAGGGCAAGGCCGAGCCGGAGAAGGCCGCGCCUGAGGCCAUUCCAGCGGGCAAGGGGAAGAAAGGCAAGGCUGAGCCAGAGAAGGCGGCACCAGAGGCCACUCCAGCCGGCAAGGGGAAGAAGGGCGGAGUGAAGCCGGAGAAGCCAGUGGCUCUCGAUACCUCACCGUCCAGCAGCAAGUCUGAGAAGCCUGCACGCAACCAGCGGCAUUGGGGGAGAAAUGAUGAGAUGAAGAUCUUGGAGUUCGUUGCAGCGCAUGUCAAGAGUGAGGGCACACUGCCAAAGACUGAUUUCAUCAUUACUACUGUUGGUGACCGCCUGGAUAGGAAGAACUGCACCUACACAGAUAUGUAUGAGAAGGUACGACAGCUCAAGGGUCGGUAUGAGAAAGCAGUGAGCACAGGCAUUGUGCCAAGUAAAGAAGAUGAGCUCCAGAUGUAUAAACUCUCGGAAGCAGUCUGGGGAGAGAAGGCGAAGGAGGCAAUUGCUGCUGCUACGUCUCAAAAUGAUGGCGCUGUGACAAAGAGUAAGAAGGGUCAGGCUAAGAAACAGAAAAUGGAUGGAAAUUCAAUGGGUGGCGCUCCAAAGGAGGCUGCCACUGGUACUGCCAGUCAAGAUGGUGAUUCUCAGAAAGGAAGUAAGAAGGGGCAGGACAACAAAGUGAAAGCAGAAAGAGAUUUAAAGAGCAGGUUGUCAAAGGAGGCCAGCACCACUGGUCAGCCAAGUAAGAGUAAGAAACAGGAAAAUAAUAAUGAGGAAUUGGACAAAGAAGCGAAGAGUGGCGCGUUGAAGGAUGCUACAACUAAUGGCACUCAAAAUGGCAUUGAUUUGGCCAAGGGCAAGAGGGAGAAGACUGACAAAGGGAAGAUGGACACUGAUAGGGAUAGUCUUAUGCCAAAGGAAGCCACAGCUCCAAAUCAGAAUGGUGGCACUCCGACUAAGAAUAAGGAAAAGAAAACUCAUGAUGAAGAAAUAGAAAGAGAUGCUAAUGUGCAACUUAUGCGCAGGGGUUUUGAUGAGUUGCAGACAUUGUAUUCCAGCCUAUCUGCCUAUGUGUUGGAGAUUGAGGCCCAGCAUCCAUGUGGAGAGACUCUGAAGAGAGCAUUUGAGUUCAUUGGUGAUGAGAGGGCACAAUCUUUGGAAUCCAAGGUCAAGAAGCAAAGAGUAGAUGAGGCAAAGGCGCAGAUCCGUCGAGCGGACGUAAAGAAGGAAGUUCUUAAUGUGUUGAUGAAUUUGGUGGAUUAAACUUAUAUGGUGUUAUCAAGUCUUUUGUUGAUGGCUGGAUAGAAGAUUCAGGCGGCAAGAGGUGAUUUAGAAUUAGUUUAAGGGAUGAGAUUCGAGGUAUUUAACAGGUGGCUGUAUUUCUGUAGUCAGCUAUUAUGAUGUUAGUGAGUGCUAGUGAUGAGAUGAUUGUAAUUAUUCCAACCUGUUGCUUAAGCUGUUGGUUCUGCUAGACUUUAAUACAUUACAUCAUAGCAUCUGGCUUUGGCAGGUGUACUCAAUGGAUGGUAAAUUUUUGUCAAUGCUUUAUAGGUUUGACUUAAUUGUCUUGUUAGGCUGUAAAGUCCCCA